AUGGAAAAGGAAGAAAGUUUUUCAUUAGAAAAAGGAGACGCCAAUCUAGAGCUUGAUGAUGAUGGAAAACCUAGAAGAACAGGGACAUGGAUAACUGCAAGUGCACAUAUAAUAACAGCAGUCGUAGGAUCAGGAGUGUUGUCACUGACAUGGUGUUUAGCUCAACUGGGUUGGGUUGUUGGGACUACUUUUCUUGUAGUGUUCGCAGCCAUCUCUUGGUUCACUUGCAUCAUGCUUGCCGACUGCUAUCGAUCUUCUCUUAAUGGUGCUCGAAACUACAAUUACAUGCAAGCCGUCAAGACUAACCUUGGAGGGCUUAAAUACAGGUUCUGUGGGAUAGCUCAAUACCAAACUCUUGUUGGUGUAAGUAUUGGAUACACCAUCACUUCGUCAAUCAGCAUGGCGGCGAUUAAACGAUCAAACUGUUUUCAUAAAUACGGCCAUGACAAGGAGUGUCACACAUUGAACACUCAAUAUUUGAUAAUCUUUGCAUGUAUUGAGAUCAUUCUGAGCCAAAUACCAGACUUCCACAAGCUGUCCUUCGUAUCCAUAGUCGCCACCAUCAUGUCUUUUGCUUAUUCUAGCAUUGGCAUUGGUCUCUCCAUUGCCAAAAUUGCAGGAGGUGCACAUCCAAACACAAGCCUUUGGAUACCAAGUAGGACAGAUAUAUCAAAGAUGGACCAAAUGUGGAACACCUUUUGUGCCAUUGGUGACAUUGCUUUUGCUUAUUCUUUCUGUGCAGUUCUCAUUGAGAUACAGGACACACUGAAAUCAAGUCCUCCAGAAAACAAAGUCAUGAAAACGGCUACAACCAUUGGAAUAUCAGCUUCUACAUCCUUCUACAUGCUAUGUGGGCUACUUGGAUACGCUGCAUUUGGCAACGACGCGCCUGGAAAUUACUUGACUGGGUUUGGUUACUACGAUCCUUUUUGGCUCAUUGACAUUGGUAACUUGUGCAUUGUUAUUCACCUUAUUGGAGCUUAUCAGGUGAUAGUCCAACCUAUUUUUGCAUUUGUGGAGAAUUGGAAUCGUAAAAAAUGGCCAGAAAGUGAGUUCGCGAACAAGAGAUACACCAUUGGUCGCUUCACGAUCAAUCCUUUCAGGUUAGUCUGGAGGACUACCUACGUGAUACUAGCAACGCUGGUUGCCAUGAUUUUCCCAUUCUUCAAUGAUUUUCUAGCGCUUAUUGGCUCAACGACAUUCUGGCCAUUGUCGGUGUAUUUCCCAAUAGAAAUGUACAUUUCUCAGGCGAAGGUUCGGCGAAAUUCUUUCACCUGGAUUUGGUUGAGGCUACUCAGCUUCGUGUGCUUGCUUGUAUCACUUCUUGCUGCUGUUGGAUCUAUUCGAGGCCUUGUAGUGUCAGUUAAGACCUUCAAGCUCUUUCGAUCAGCAUCUUAA